AUGCCCUCCUCACCGGCAGCACCGAGGCCUGAUCCGCCGGUUCAAGCUCGGUCGACGGGCAGGAAAGUGCCCAAAAGAGUGCCCUUGAGUUGUCUGCCAUGUAGACAGCACAAACUACGAUGUGACAGGUUGGUGCCAUGUAGUACAUGUGUACGUUACCAGCGUGAGCAUGUCUGUCGUCAACAUCCGGCGCCCGCCAAAGGCAGGCAGCGGCCAGCAAAUCGACAGCCACACACCAACGAGACCUCAGUGGAGACUUCACCAAAUGCUAGAGGCGUCUCGACCAUCUCAAAAGCCGUCCCCACAUCACCUGGAGGCCCGACGAAUCGCUUGCAGAGUCAGAUCGUUUCCAAUAUCCACAUGGAUUCCGCUGCUCAAGCUUUGGAAUCUGGGCGGGUGGACCUUGGGGGCACACAAGCAGCAGUACUAUUCCCCCAAGUGCUUCCACUACUUCAGAUUGGCCCACUAGAUGGCUUGACAUUGUUGAGUUGCCAGAGCGAGGUGAAUCAGAAGCUACAGUGGAAGAACUUCUUGGUCAAGCUACUGCCAACAAGGACGCAAUGCGAUAUUCUCCUGACAUACUUUGUUGAACAUAUCAAUUGGCUUUUCCAGACGGUGCAUAUUCCCAGCUUCCGCAAGGAGUACAGUCAGUUCUGGGAUGGCAGCGUGGACGAAGUCAACCUAAUCUGGUUGUCCCUGUUGUUCACAAUUCUAUCUAUUAGUGGGUUGCAUAUUCCCAUCAGUGCCAUCGAGUUUGUUGGCAUACAAGGCGACUCCAUCCGCAAACUCGCACACUUAUGGCAUCACGGGUCAUUCCAGGCACUCCAGGCCGGUAACUUCGAGGUCAACCCAUGCCUCACACAGCUUCAAACAUUCACAAUAACUCAGCUUUAUUGGUAUGCCACAAAUAAUAUUGAGACCCUCAACUCAAGGAUGGCCCAAGCGAUCAGACAAGCACAAGUUUUAGGCUUGGAUAAAGACCACCUCCCUUCGAAGGAUGUCCAUGAUGAAAUGAGACAUCGGAUAUGGUGGGAUCUAGUAGACUCGGACACUUUCCAAUCUAUAUGUCUCGACCGGCAACCAUUAAUUCGCGUACAGUUCGCCAAGGUACCGCUACCACAGAAUUGUCAUGACAGUGACUUGGGUGACAACUUCAUCACCCCAAGGUCUUUAGAAGAGCCGACGGCAAUGAGCAUGAACAUCUAUCGAGCUCAGGUGUUCCAGCUCAUCAAUAAUGCCCUGAUGAGUGAGCCCGAUCAGCUCCAGUCCUACGAAGCCGUCGUCGGACUCGACCGUCAGUUACGUGACCUAAUGGAACAAUUACCGUGGUACUUCCAGCUGGACAACCAGGGAAACCCCAAACUGUUCUCAGGUAACUACGAGUUUCUAAGCUGGCAACACCAUAUCCUUCGAACCUGCGUCAGCACACAGCAAGUGCGCAUGUAUCGGGCGUUUCUCGGCGACAGCUCUAAACGCGCUCAACUCAACUGCGCUCGAGCGGUAGAGGAUGCACUGGCAGUGUAUCGAAGUAUGCGAUCUGCCAAAUCAUUCCGGACCCAGCAGAAGUUCUUCCCUCAAGCAUAUCAGGUGUUUUCGGUCGCAGUGACUUUAGUGACCCUUUUACUGGUCGAACGGGCAUCAGUGCCUGACCCGGCGGCCGCCAGGAGAGAUGUCGAGACCAUGGCGGCUGAUUUGGCCCUUCUGGAAGCCCAAGAGUGCGGGGUGCCUGUAGCGGUCAAUGGACGCAAAGUGCUUCUGACAAUGCUUUCAUUACUCGAGCAGGGAGAGCAAUGCUCGCCUGACGAUACUGAGCGUCUCGUUCCCUCAAUCUCGGUUAUACUUGGGGGAGAGACUUCGACAAGAGAAUAUCUUGGACGCCGAGUCGAAUCACCCACAGCACAUAUCGCGAUCACUCCAGGCGUUGACAAUCAGAGUGGUCACGCCGGCGAGCCAUUAGAUGAUGAGGCCAGGCUGGAUCAAUCGACCAUCCAGGAUAUCGGUCCAAGCAUCCCUUUGGGAGAGCUAACCGAGGGGACCGAUAUGAUGUUUGAUUAUGCCGACCUACAACUCGAAGAUUCGUAUGAUCUCUUUAGUUGGGACAUGACAGGCCUGUUGUCAGAUGCCGCGGCGCUCAGUAGAGCGAGAGGAGAUUGGGAUGAACCUUCGAUAAGUCUAUCAUGA